AUGCCUGUGUCCAGUAGAGACGGCAAAGAUGUCGCCGAAGCUGCUGUUUCGGCUCCGGUGCUGGUUGCGGAUGCGAUCAAUUUCUGCCGAGCGUCAUCAAACAAUUCCUCCGCCGAGGUUUUGACCGCAGUUGCAAGACCGGCGACUGUCGUGCGUGCGAUAUCUGUGAGGAAGCCUCCCAUCUCUGACGGCCCUGUACCAUUGUUCGCCUGUCCCGGAAUGCUCCCUAUGCUGCCCGAGAAGUUCGCGGUAUAUAGCCUGGGAGUGAACCAAGCGGCGAGCGUCUCAUGUGAGGAUAACUCUCCUCCUCCAGAAUGUUGA